CAGACAGGUGAAUCAAGUCAAAGAGAUGAUUGUCUUGCUUGUAACUUGCCUUGUUGCUCUUCUGUGUCCCACCGUCCACAGUGCGGACGCUUCAGUGGAAUGGUGCUAUCACAAGCCAGCAUGCAAUUUUACCACCUGGCCCAAGAUUGCCUCACAAUAUUGCAAUGGAUCCAAACAAUCUCCCAUUAAUAUCGUGACUGCAAGUGUUCAGGGAAAUCCUAGCCUGACCUCCUUUAACUUAACUGGUUUUGAUGACAACUCCACCUUCCUGUCCAUCGUAAACUCUGGUGACUCUGUGGUGGUCACCCUGGAUGAUGAGAAAAUUAAAGUGCAAGGAGGCAACCUUCCAGGUGAAUACAACACCAAACAAUUCCAUCUCCACUGGGGUAACGGCAGCUCCUCGUCUGGCUCCGAACACACCGUGGAUGGCAAACAAUACCCAAUGGAGCUGCACAUUGUAAGUGUCCAUUCAAAAUACAACGGGAGUGUGUCAGCUGCUCUUGCUGCCAAAGACAGCACAGGAUUGGCUGUUCUUGGUUUCUUCAUUGAGGGAACCAAUGAAGUGAACAAAACAAAAAGCUGGGAUAUCCUAACAUCCUAUUUGACAGAAAUCCGCAAUUCAGGUGAUCAAACCUCAGACAUCAUGAAUCAAAUCACACUGAACAGUCUGAUUGAAGGUGUGGACAGGACUAAAUAUUACCGUUACCAAGGCUCUCUAACUACACCCAGCUGUAAUGAAGCUGUGAUUUGGACUGUGUUUAAAGAGCCCGUCAAAGUCAGUCACGACUUUAUCAACCGCUUCAGCACAACUGUCCUUUUCAAAGACGCAAGCGCUUCAGUUCUAAACACCAACAACUUCAGGGGAGUUCAGCCCUUGAAUGGCAGAGUCGUGACGUCACAGGUCACAGUGGCAUCUGCAGCACCUUCAUCAUCCACUUCAUCUGUUAUCACAGUACUUCUCUUGUCCAGUUUGUAUUGGUUGUAAAAAAUGCUUUGUACAAACAUUGUAUAAGCUGAUUUAAUUUAUUGCUCUUGUAAAUUAUGUGCACUUUAUUGAUUGCAUUUGAUCGUGGUGGUUUCUGUCAUUCUUACAUGGAAAAAUAAGAUGUAAAUUAGGGGUUAAUGACAUGAAGGUAUUCCUAUUUGUACCAAUUGUAUUUCUAUUUAAGUAUAUUUUUAAACACACAAUUUAUCAUCUGUGAGUCCUUAGGAUAUAAAUUAUUAUUAUAUAUAUUUUUAAAUCUCAAACUCUUAUGCUGCCUUCACGUGCUAUUGAGAGGCGUUCACGUCUAAUUUCCGAUUAGGAAACUCGUAUUUACGAUAAUUUCGAUAGCACAUGAAGGCAGCAUUAGUUUAGAACAGCUCAGAUAAUACAGACUCCUUAUGUUUUAAAUGAACCUCCUGUUAUCUGCAAUUUUAUUCAACAGUAGGUGAUUCUAUAGUAUUUAAGGUGAUAUGUUUUAAAUGUCUAAAGCCUGACAGCUAUUAAAACUGAAAUAAUAAAUCUUUGCUGUU